UUGAUUUCAGCAGGAGGGGGAGUCCGAAGCGAUGCCUCCGCCGAGGAAGAGCAAAUCGCAGCUGAAAGCGGGCCAGUCAACUCGGUCCUCUUCCGCCGCCGCCGCCGCCGCCGCCGCCGCCGCCGAGAGCUUCCCUUCGUGCCUCCGCCCCGUCCCUCCCUCCUCCGUCGCCAUCACCAUACACGCCAAGCCGGGCUCCAAGUCGGCCUCCAUCACAGAUCUCAGCGACGAGGGUGGGGUCCAGAUCGACGCGCCGGCCAAGGACGGCGAGGCCAACGCGGCGCUGCUCGAGUACAUGAGCUCGGUUUUGGGGGUGAAGAAGAGGCAGGUCUCGAUCGGUUCGGGCUCGAAAUCGAGGGACAAGGUCGUGAUCGUGGAGGAGGUGACCGUGAAGACCGUCUUCGAUGCCCUGGCAAGAGCUUCGAAAUGAAGGCGAUGAUGGGUGGGUGGCAGAGGAGAUGAGGCAUACCCAGCUAGCAAAACGAGAACAUACAGGAAGAGAUUCACGUCUUCAAGAGCCCAGACAGCACCAAGAUUCAUGGGUUGCUGUGCGAAGGUUGUCUCUUUUGUCUGCAAUGUAAGAUCAUAGUGCUUUUGUAACUAAAGCUGAGUGCUUUUCAAUUAAUGUGCAAUACAUGGAAGCCGGACCGAUGCUGAAGCAACGCUGGAAAGUGUGGUAGCAUGGAUUUUCACCAUGUUAUGUUUUUGUACAGACGUGAUGUAAUAGCACAGUUGAUGGUUCUCGAGCUAGUUGUUGUUCCUCAAUCAGUCAGCAAACCUGCUCUCAGGUUUAUCUUCUUCGCUUGAUAUGGUCUCUUUGGGUCUUUUAUGCAGUUCUUUCUAUCAGCA